GGCUGAUCGAUCCCUCAUUUUGUAAGAUAACUUCUCCCCAGAUAACGGUAAAACUACAAGUGUAAUAACAAAAGAUCAAUGCCAUCUGUACCUGAUAAUUUUCCUAUCAGGGAGGUGACCAGCAUCGAACAGAAGAGUUUUAAUGGGACAUCCUUUCCGUUGAUACUGUCCCCAAGAUCGAAAAACCAGUUGGAAAACAACCAAACUAUGGUAGAAUGGAUAACUUUGCAUUCCCAGAUAUUCGAUCAACUCCUGUUAAAGAACGGCGCUAUUUUAUUCAGAAACUUCCCGAUAACAAACCCAACUGAAUUCGAUCUAUUUGUUAAGGCAUUUGGUAUGGAGCCUUUGCCCUAUGUCGGAGGUGCGGCGCCCAGGUCGGUAGUGGUCGGUAACGUUUUCACCGCUAACGAGUCUCCGCCCGAUCAACCAAUUCCCUUCCAUCAUGAAAUGGCACAGGUUCCUACCUUUCCUAAAGUGUUAUUCUUCUACUGUGACAAGGAACCAAGCCAAGGUGGACAGACGCCAUUGGUUAUUUCCAACGAAAUUUAUGGAGCCAUGAAGGAGAAGCAUCCCGAUUUUGUUCAAGAACUGGAAGAUAAAGGUGUUUUAUACACCAGAGUACUUCCGGAGGUGGAUGAUCCCUCUUCUCCAAUAGGCCGAGGUUGGAAGUCAACUUUCGGGACCACGGAUAAGAAAGAAGCCGAGGAGAAAUGCCGCAAUCAGGGCACUUCGUUCGAGUGGUUACCGAAUGGCUGUAUGAAGACCGUUACCGCCGUACUACCAGCAAUUCGAGUCGAUGGUCGCACUGGUAAGAAAACUUGGUUCAAUUCAGUAAUAGCUGCUUACACGGGAUGGAAGGAUAGCAGGAAUGAUCCAGAAACUGCCAUUACAUUUGGAGACGGGUCGCAAAUGCCCAGGAAGAUAAUGGAAGAUCUAAGCGCAACUUUGGAUAAACUUGCAGUGGACAUCACAUGGGAAAAAGGCGAUGUUUUUAUGGUGGACAACAGACAGGUUUUACAUGCGCGAAGACCAUUUACUCCACCACGCCGUAUCCUUGCUGCACUUUGUAAAUAA